AUGGAAGCCACCAAGAAGGUGGGGGGCCCUGAUCCAUCGGGCCCCCAGGGCCAUCCCCUGCCUGGCAGUCAGCAGCUAAGGUUCGGCUUCAGAGGGUCCCAGGGACCAUGGAUGAGCUCAAGAUCCCUAUACUCAAAGCAGGGGUUGUCAUUGUCCACGGGGGCCAUCGCUGACAUGGCCUGCAGCUCAACUUCCCAGGCUCUCCCUUCUCAGCCUAGUCAUCAACUACUCCAGGAUUCUGCUCAGGUCAGCUCCCAGUGUAAUUAUGCACAGGCCUCCCAGGACACCCCGAGAUUCUCCUCUUCUAAUCUACUUUCAAACCCCUCUGUGGGAACCCAAGAGCGUCUCCUCAUGGAUGAUGGGACCCAGACUCUACCACUGUGCACACACAACGACAGCACCAAUGACAAAGCCCAGAAUGGAUUCAGCCUCUCCCAGAUUCAGUUACAGAUUGGGAGGGAGAGCAAGACUCCAGCUAAAGUCCUAGUCGGCUGGGGCAAAGGAACCUGUAACAUUGACCACCUGGCCCCUGUGGGUCCCAGGAAGAGUCGAUGGCUACCCUACCUCCUCUCAGGAGAGAGUGGCAUAGUUGAAGGUCAAAAUCCUCUUCAGACUCUAGCUCAGACUCCAGCCCAAGAACAGGGCCAGGACAGGGGUCCAGGUCUGGGUCCAGCUCAGGCUCCUACCCUAAAUAAGACUAUUUCUUCACCUUUAUUACCUCUUCCAACCUCAAUUCAGGCUUCUACUCCAGCUGUCAAAGCACCACCAACACCUGCUGCAGUUGAACCUUUCACCUCAGGUCCCGACCAUUCAACUAAAACCACUGUAGCCACUGAAGACCUGACUGUUGAUCUCAAGAAUGGUGACAACCAAUUGUCCAUUCUCUUAGAUUCUUCCAAAAAGGACAAAGUGUAUUUUCCCCUCAAGGAGACUCCUGGCACUCCAGCAUCUACUCCAGUAGAGUUUCUAGCCUCCACCCAGAUGCAAGAGAUUGCCAAGAUGCAGGUGGCACCCAAGCAAUCUGAGGACCCUGGAAACACACCUCUGGUCCAUGCCUGCAGGUUAGAUGCCUCAACACCAGCCGCAGAGCCUCUAGAUGCUCUCAAGACACAGAUAAGUAGCCACAAGAUUUGCAGCUGCCAGCUAGACAAGCAGCCCCCCAGUGCCUGCAACAACAACUGCUCCAAUGUGACACUGCCUGCCUGCCAAGGAGCCUACAACACGCAGUUUCCAGCCCAGACUCCCAGAGAGACCAUGCAGAUUCCCAUUUCUAGUGCUCCGACCUGCCAGCUCCAGGAUGCCGUGGAAGACCACGUGCUGGUGUUUGAUAUGGCCACAGGCAACACCAGGAUGGGGCUGCUAUGCCACGAUCCCAUGGGCUCACGGGCAGUGCUUGUAGGUCUCACACCCAACCACCCAAUGACUCCCAUCUCUGAAAAUAUGCGGUCUCCUCGGUCGUUGCCCAGGUCAAUCCUCUCCCCUAACAGUGAUCACUCCAGCAUGUGGUCUACCACAGCCAUGCUGUCUAGCCCUGUGCCCUCCAGCCUCUCCUCUGGAAGCUACCGAGAGGUACCCCUGGCUUCCAAGGAGGCCAAACACAACCUAGAGUCACAGAAUUUCCCCGGCACUGACAGCCCUCUCAGGGUUGGGAUGUUUGCUAGACCUGUCGGACCGGGGACACCCUUCCAGUAUGGUGAAAAGGUACCAGCCCAAGUUCCUGAUGCUAACUGGUCCAAAUCUGAGGCUGAAAAGGUUAAUCCUGCCCACACCAUCUGGAUGCUGGACUCUCCCAAGAUGCAAGAUAGUUCCAUGGUCCAGACUAGGAAAUUGCAGUGGAUAAAGCCAGAUUCUGUGUCAACAGACGAUAACCAGAGAGUGCCCAGAUUGCCACUCCAGGAGGAAGUUGGCAGCAAUAACCAGAAAGAGGUCAGUUCUGCUCAGCCUAGUGGCCCUCAGGCUGAAAACACCAGACAGGCCUUCCUCACUGGUCAGAAUUUCCUUAAUGGGCAGAACCUCCUUGUUAGACAGCUAUCUAUAAUUGAGCAGGGCUCCCUAUCUGGUCAGCUCCCCUCUACCAAACAGCUCCCCCUUACUAGUCUACCUCAUCUCAGUGAGCAGACUCCUCUUUCCAGACAAUUUUCCUUCAAUAGACAGGUACCCCUCACAGCGAAGUCCUCCACCACCAGAGAGCCCACCUUAACCUCCGGGGAGCCUGUCCAGCCCUGUACCCAAAAGAGUGAACCCUUGGGCAAUCCUACACAUGUAGGAAUUCUCCGAUUACCCCUGGCAUCUGAGGAGGCCUGCAUUUAUGUGAACAGAGAUAAAGCUGUAAACAAUAGUGCCCAAAGAUCCAGCACGCAUCCGCUCCCAUCCUGGAAACCCAGUGAUUCCCAAAGGGCCCGCCAGGAACAACUUUCUUUGAUCACAUUUACUGGUUGUAAGGACUUGCCCAUAUCCAUGGUGGGCCCUGAGUCCCAGAAUGGACAUCAGUUCAAGUUGGCAGCUGAUGACAUUACACGUUCAUCAGUGAUUGCACACCUGGGUCUUCUCCGUGGGAAUUGCUAUGGGCUAGUGUCCAAUAUUGCUCUACCAGUGCAAUCACCGGUGCUUUGCCACCACUCAUCCAGUCCCUACCAGAACAUGGCAGCCAUAGUGAUUGAUACAGGCACAGGAUUUACCAAAUGUGGACUGGCUGGAGAGGACCAUGUCCUCAGUGUGGUACCCUCGCAAGUUCAGAUGCUGCAGCAUCCAGCCCAGGGCCAGCCCCAGUAUGUAGUACCUGACCACCAAGAGGGCUCCUACUCUGUGUUGAACCGAGGAGUGGUCUCUGACUGGGAUGCUCUAGAGGUGCUGUGGCAACACCUGUUCUACUGCAAGCUUCGCGUGCAGCCUGAGGAGAUGGCUGUGCUUGUGGCUGACUCCCCCAUCUCACCGCGUACCAACAGAGAAAAGGUGGCUGAAAUACUCUUUGAGCGCUUCCGUGUGCCAGCUAUGCAAACAGUUCACCAGGCUCUUCUGACGCUCUAUGCUUACGGGCGCACCACUGGACUGGUGGUGGGAAGCGGCCAUGGAACCUCCUACGUGGCACCUAUCCUCACUGGGGACCUGGCUCCACUUGACACCUACCGGCUGGAUGUGGCUGGNGCUGAUCUUACUGACUACCUGGCCCAGCUGCUCCUGGCAGCUGGCCACUCGCCACCCAAGGCAGGGCUUCUCAGACAGAUUAAAGAGGCCUGCUGCUAUGUGGCUAUGGAUAUGGCAGCUGAGGUGGCCAGAAACCAGUCCCAGGCCCAGGUGGAAUUUGUACUCCCAGAUAAGCAAGUUAUCACACUGGGCUCUGAGCGCUUUUGUUGCCCUGAGGCUCUCUUUCAACCAAAUCUGCUAGGUCUCAACCAGCCAGGCCUCCCACAGCUGGCCAUGCUAAGUAUCAGUCGUCUGGAGGCCAAGCAGCAGGAGCAGCUGCUGGCCAACGUGGUGCUGGAAGGUGGUAGCACCCUGGUCAAUGGUUUCCCUGAGCGCCUGAGACAGGAGCUGGGCCCUAGGGCCACGGUGCUGGGUUCUCCACACCGUGCAGUUGCUGCCUGGCUUGGGGGUUCCAUCAUGGCAUGCCGGGACUCCUUCCAAAGCCUGUGGCUUACCCGCAGGGAAUAUGAAGAGGAGGGCCCAUGGGCUAUCUACAAGUACCAGCUCUGA